AUGAUCACUUGUGGCAAAAUCGGUGUGGCUAACACAUGCAUUCGCCAGGAAAUCAUCGAAGUCACCACACUGCAAGAGAAAAGGGAGAAACUGCUUGAAUUACUUAGAGCUGAUCUUGAUCAAGAUGCGGGCGUUUUCAAAGGAAACAAUGGUUUUCGUCUGUUGCAAAAUCGGGGCCGAUGUUCUUGGCGUUUUGUCGUCAAAGUGAAAUCCCGUCAACCACGAUUCAUGGAGAUCGAAAACAGAAUUUGCUUGCCGAAGCAAUUGAUGAUUUUAAAUAUGGACGCAAACCCGUAAGUUUUUAAGAGGUACUGAUUGCGACAGCCGUUGGCGAGCGAGGACUGGACAUCAAAGGUGUCGAUCACGUGAUCAACUAUGACCUUCCAAACAAUGGAGAAGAUUGUGUGCAUCGCAUCGGGAAGUGUGCGUAGUAUGUGGGUUUUUUGCGAAUUGGAAUUUACGUACACAGAACUGGAAGAGUCGGCAGUCCCGGAAGGGCCAUCUCGUUCUACUACGCUUCGGACGACAGAGCACUCGCCCAAAGCCUAGCUGAAAUUUGGACAGAGGCCGGCCAGGUAACACCAGCAUUCUCAUGAUCUCAAAAUUCGAGUAAUUCUUUGCUUGUGAUGUAAAAUGUGUUUCGAAUGUUCCGAAUUCCUUAACAUGGAAGCAAGCAGCAGCAGCAGUAGAUUUGGAUUUGGUGCUGAAGCAGAUGAGUGGUAAUCUCGUCACUGUACUGAUCUAUCGCUUCGAAACGCCCACUGUUCUUAUCCAUAGGUGUUUGAUUCUGUUUUUGCAUGUUUUUCCUCCAUGUAUAUUCCUCGAUUUGUGGAAGUUUUUGUGAG